AUGGAAAACUACACAUUCAACAGCUUCACACUCCAGCUGGAGGGGCUGAAUGUCUCCAAGGACUCUCUCUACCCUGUCUUUCUCUUCCUCUUUUUCUCCUACAUUUUUAUAAUGCUUAUGAACAUAGGCAUUGCAUGUCUUGUUUUCAUUGACAAAAGCCUCCACCAGCCCAUGUAUCUCCUUUUCUGCAACCUGCCGUUAAAUGACAUCCUUGGAAAUUCUAUCCUGUUACCCCGUUUGCUUUUAGACAUCUUGAGACCUCGCUCUGAGCUCUUCAUCAGUUAUUAUGAAUGUGUGGUCCAAGCUUUCACCACACACAUGUUUGGCACCACUGCUCACACUGUGCUCAUGAUUAUGGCUUUUGACAGAUAUGUGGCCAUCUGUAGUCCUCUGCGCUAUGCUGCCAUAAUGACCAACAAAAUGAUCAUCAAGCUGACAGUGUCUGCCUGGGGAGUGGCCUUCGUUUUGGUCGCGAUUCUACUCGGUCUGACCAUACGACUGAACAGAUGUAGGACUCUGAUCACAAAUCCUUAUUGUGACAAUGCCUCACUGUUUAAACUCUCCUGUGAGAGUGUGAUUAUUAAUAAUGUCUAUGGCCUCACUUUCACUGUAGUCCUGCUCACAGGUUCCAUAGGCAGCAUGGUUAUCACUUAUACUAAGAUUACAGUAGUCUGUCUCACCAGUAAUAGCAAGUCUUUGAACAGUAAAGCCUUGAAGACCUGCAGCACUCACCUGGUCGUGUAUCUGAUCAUGCUGAUCACUGGGUUUAUUGUCAUUAUUCUGCAUCGCUUCCCUCAGUACUCAGACUACAGGAAGCUCUCUGCCAUUCUGUUUCAUAUCAUCCCUGGCAGCCUCAACCCUAUUAUUUAUGGUGUGCAGUCCGCAGAAAUCUGCAAAUCCUUGUCAAAAUUAUUCCGAUCCAAACCAGUUAUUCCAUUAUUCUGA